AUGGAGUGCGGUCGCAUGGUUAUUUGGGUGGUAAUAGUGCUGCUUUGCUUUCAAUUUGAAGGUUCAGUUGCACUGACAUUCUCUUCCAAGCUGAUGCACCGCUUCUCCGACGAGGCAAAAUCGCUCUGGAUUUCGCGAAAGGGUAAUGCGAGCGGUGAUUUGUGGCCAAAAUGGUACAGUUUUGAGUACUUUCAGUUGUUACUCGGCAACGACUUGAAACGACAGAGAAUGAAGCUCGGUUCGCAGAAUCAGCUGCUGUUUCCUUCUCAAGGAAGCCAAACUCUCUCCUUUCAGAACGAACUUGACUGGUUGCAUUAUACGUGGAUUGAUAUCGGCACACCAAACGUGUCGUUUUUAGUUGCAUUGGAUGCUGGUAGUGAUUUGUUAUGGGUCCCAUGUGAUUGCAUACAGUGUGCUCCUUUAUCUGCCAGUUACUAUAGUUUUCUGGAUAGAGAUUUGAGGGAGUAUAGUCCAUCUUUAUCAAGCACGAGCAGGCAUUUAUCUUGUGGUCACCAGUUAUGUGAAUUGGGUCCGAAUUGCAAAAAUCCCAACGAUCCUUGCCCUUACAUUGCUAAUUAUGAUGAUGUUGAAAACACGUCGAGUGCUGGGUUUUUGGCUGAGGAUAAAUUGCUUUUAGCAUUGGUUGGUGAUCAGAAGGCUCAAAAAACGUUGCAAGCUUCAGUUAUUCUAGGAUGCGGUAGGAAGCAAAGUGGGAGCUAUUUGAAUGGAGCUGCCCCUGAUGGUGUUAUGGGAUUGGGACCUGGAGACAUUUCUGUUCCGAGUUUACUUGCUAAAGCAGGAUUGAUUCGAAAAUCUUUCUCGCUGUGUUUUGACGGUAACGAUUCUGGGACGAUUCUAUUUGGUGAUCAAGGGCAUGCCUCUCAACAAUCAACUCCAUUUUUGCCAAUACAAGGAACUUAUGUUGCUUAUUUUGUCGGGGUGGAGUCUUAUUGUGUUGGUAAUUCUUGUCUUAAGAGAUCUGGAUUCAAUGCAUUGGUUGACAGUGGUUCCUCUUUCACAUUUCUUCCAAGUAAAGUUUAUAAUGAACUUGUGUCAGAGUUUGACAAACAAGUGAAUGCUAAAAGAAUUAGUUCUCAAGCAGGCCUAUGGGACUAUUGCUAUAAUGCCAGUUUACAGGAGUUGCACAACAUUCCUUCCAUUCAAAUCAAGUUCCCAGGAAACCAGAACUUUGUGGUUCAUAAUCCCACAUACUCCCUUCCGCAUCAUCAGGGAUUUACGAUGUUCUGUCUAACUCUCCAGCCAAUAGAUGAUAGUUAUGGGAUUAUUGGGCAAAACUUCAUGACGGGUUACCGCAUGGUUUUUGACAUGGAGAAUUUGAAAUUGGGUUGGUCUAAUUCCAGUUGUCAAGAUACAAGUGAUGGUGCAGAUGAGAACCUUGCCCCCCUCCGGAUGGUAAAUCACCAAAUCCACUUCCAACCAAUGAGCAACAGAGAAUCCCUGGGAGACAUGCAAAUUCUGCAUCAAAAAGAUGAAGUUAGCUGGAGUGAGUUUGGGCAGCGAAUGCGAGGGUAUGAAUUGUGGAAACGGCCUAAUGAAAUAAGUCAAAGAAUGGCGAUGAUUCUCAUAGAUCAUGAGACGGAAGCUGUCGGGUCUGGUCAACACAACGAGCUUCCACUUGACAGUAACGUUCCCGACUUCCGCUAUUCUCCUCCGUUAAUUUUUCGUCUACACACAAAUGGUAACAUACCCAUGAUUCUUGAUGACAAAAGGCGGAUUAUUAUACUCAUCCUGUUUCAUACUCCAGAUAACCUUAAUCCAUAG